AUGGAUGAAAUUGUAUUAUUCAUAGAUGAAUUAAAAUCAUCAGCAACUGUACCUAUAUGUAGAAUAUGCCAUGAAGAAGAAUUUGAAAGCUGUAAAUCCAUGGAAGCUCCCUGUGCUUGUUCUGGAACUGUCAAGUUUGCACACAGAGAUUGCAUACAGAGAUGGUGCAAUGAAAAGGGUAACACAAUUUGUGAAAUUUGUUUACAGAAAUUUGAACCAGAAUAUACAGCUCCACCCAAGAAACCACAGUUAAUCGAUUCAACAGUGACCAUAAGGGGAAGCUUGGAAGUUCCAAGAAGAGAGCCAGAACAAGAAAAUGCAGUACAAAUUCUUGAGUCUGAAUGUGCCUCAGCUGCUGAUACAACUGCUUCUUGGUGCAGAUCAGUGGCUGUAAUUUUUACGGUACUACUUCUGAUAAGAUAUUUGUUGGUAGUUCUUACGGGUGGAACAGGGGAUUAUCCAUUUUCACUUCUUACUUUACUUAUUGUCAAGGCUGGUGGUGUACUUCUUCCCAUGUACAUUUUGAUUCGGAUGAUCACAACAAUUCAAAGCAGCAUAAGGCAUCAAUAUCAGAAUUCUGAUAAUGAUAUGUGGAUCUCUGAUGAAGAUGACAAUGAAGAUGUAGAGCAGCAUGACAUUGUGAUACAAAACUAG